GCCGUGGAUGAACGGUCGCGCGCGCGCCAACGCUCACCGAAUCCGUGGGAUUCGCAGACCACCGCUGGCCAGGAGAUUCCUCCGCCGCGGGAACGCUUCCGCCGUGGACGAUGUCGCCCCGUGGCAGCAAGUGCACGCGCCUCAACGCCAGGGCGACCUCGAAAUCGAAGUCUAGCGCUAUACGUGGCGCUAAUAGUCAUCAGCCAAACCAUCAUCAUCAUGACCAGCAACGUCGACAAGCCGAGGAAGAAACAGGACAGGCAACGGACGUGGCUGACGAAGAAGAGAAAACCGUUAAAAGUGGCCAGUCUCAGAAUGAAGGUACCACGACGACAACAACGACGACAACGACGACGACAACGACGACCAGAACGAGUAAGUCUGCGGUGGCAGCGUGCGAGGGUCGAUCGUCGUGGGCGGCGCGCAUGCGCCAGCCCCUGGAGAGUAGCCUCGAGCCCCGUGAAAACGGCACCCUGGUGCAACGAUGGCCGACCAGCAGACAACGCCGCCGCGAGCGGAUCGCUACUACCGAGGAUGAUCCCAAUCAAGGCGAUGGUACGGUAUCUUCGUCCACGUCUUUGUCUUCGCCAGCUGCGUCCUCCUUCACGGACGCGUCAUCUAGAAGAUCCAUCUCGCCUCCAUCGAGCAUCUCGUCUCCGGCACACUCCACCUCGUCUACGUCUACUGGAGCUAUCUCCCGGGAGAAUAAUUCAAGCAAAGAUAAUGAUCGAGGAAAUGAUCGAACGAACGAAGAAUCAAAUACGGUGGAUUCUGGAAGGUACGGUAACGAGUCACAUCAAGAUAGAAUCAGAAAAAGGAAGCAGGAGAGACAGUGUUUCAUCAGGUCACGAAGUGUUAGAGAGGUGAUAACGGAGAAAUCUGCGGUUGCUACGCCAUCAACGUUGUCUACUUGUGUUCCUACUUCUUCGACGGUCUCCUCUUCCUCGCCGUUCUCCUCUUCUGUCUCCACGACUUCCGACAAGGUCACGGAGCAGUUCACGCAAGCUAAUAUAAGAGGCUGCCCUCCGGUCACUCAUUCGUCCGUUAUAGAGAGCCUGAGGAACGCUCUGGAAAGCUACGAUCGUAGUAGAAUCUACCUCGCACAUGUGUCCUUCCUGGAUUGGCGGGACCUGCCUGGACGACGUCGCGCCACCUCCACAGCUGGCGAUUCCGAGAGGGUGUGGGUGGUGGGGGCGGCGGAUCACGAGGGCCACCACAGGACGCGACUGCUGGUAACCGGUCGCCAUUGGCGGCCACGUUGCCUCAGACGAGUCAACAUGCUGAGCCAGCCUGUGAUCUACGCUGGUGGUGGCAGGGGUUCUCUCACGGUGGAUCUGUUCCUCUGGUGGUUCCAUCGAGAGUUUGCCGUGACGGCGAUGGCCAUGCAUCCCGACGGAGCUGUGUUGGUCGCUGAGACCGCGGAUUAUUUGCCACCAGAGGCUGACUGCGUAGCUGCGGAUGGAUUGGUCAGAUUGUUCGUGGUACCGAAAGAUUGCCUCGAAAUGAGGAUCGUAAUUAGAGAGUUAAGAGUCAGACUGGCGACGGGUGUUCUUUCUAGAGCUUGCUACGGAGUCCAUCGGAAAAUCUCCAAUUCUAAUAAAGAAACAGAUACUUUAACCACGUAUUUAAAGAAAUUCACGUUGAAGGAAGCUUUCGCCGAUCUGCACAGAGCAUGGCUAAGCGUCAGGUCAGAUACCUUCGCAAGAAGUUGGAUCCUGCCACGAGAUCGCGAUGACCCCUCAAUCGGUUGUUCGAACAACAUCAUCGGCCUCACUUUAUCGUCUCGGAUACACGCGUCUGAUCAAGAGGAAGACAGGAUGCUUCUAAUCGAGCUGCAGAACGUCGCUCGGGAAGUGGGUCUGGAGGUCAGCGACGACGAACUGAGCAAAUGGAUCCUCGACGACGAGAGCAGCGAAGCCUGGUGCGUCAGGAAGAAGGAGUUGGAAGAGGAUCAUUGCCGCGGGGUGAAGAUCGAGGCGGAAGAGAAGUGGGCCGAUUACGAGGGUGGGAAGCAACAAGGGACAGACGACGAGGAGGACGAGGAAGAGGAGGAGGAUGAAGACGAGCCGACCGCGGAAGAAACCGUCGGUCUACUGUCGAGGGUGCUGACUUGGAUGGAGCGGGAGCCUCUCGAUCCAGGACUAUUACUCGCUGUCAGAUCGAUGCGCGAUACCGCCGCACUCAUGGCGAGCAAGAUGGGCCUGGCGGGGACGCAUCCGAGCGGUUUGCCCUUCUUCUGCCCCAAUGGGGACCACCUGACCCAGCCACCGCCUGCUCAUAUGGGAAUUCCACCGUACGGGACGCUCGAUGCGGGUAAAGCAGCCGCAGCGGCAGGUCUGACGAGAGCACCCAUGUAUCCCUUCUCCACGGGUCAAUAUCCGUACCCCAUGCUUAGUCCGGAAAUGACGCAAGUCGCCGCUUCCUGGCACACACCGAGCAUGUACCCUAUUUCCCCGGCAAGCACUGGUUUCCGAAGUCCAUAUCCCACGAGUUUGCCCAUCACAAGUUCUAGUUUACCAAGUGAUCUCUACCGGUUUUCGCCGACGGGUCUGAUGCCCCCGCACCCUGGACUUAGUCCGCACGCACACGCGUUGGCGUCCCACGCACUGGUAUCCUCGGCGCCGAAAACGGAUCAUUCCACCCUGGAUCACAAUCACAGGUCUACGGUAGAACAGAAGAAUUCCACGUCGUUACCGGCGGAUAACGCGAAAGCACAGGACACAGGGCAACAGAACAAUCAAGAUAAAAAGAAACCCCAUAUAAAAAAGCCUUUGAACGCGUUCAUGCUGUACAUGAAGGAGAUGAGGGCGAAGGUCGUGGCGGAGUGUACCUUAAAAGAGAGCGCCGCGAUCAACCAAAUAUUGGGAAGACGAUGGCACUCGCUAAGCCGGGAGGAGCAGGCGCGGUAUUAUGAGGCGGCCAGGCAGGAGCGCCAUCUCCAUCAGCAACGAUACCCCGGCUGGAGUGCCAGGGAUAACUACGGAUACGGCAGCAAGAAGAAGAAGAGGAAGAAAGAACGGUCCGCAGAUCCCACCGGAGGUAACAACAUGAAGAAGUGUCGCGCCAGGUACGGAUUAGACCAGCAAAGCCAGUGGUGCAAGCCGUGCAGACGUAAGAAGAAAUGUAUCAGAUACAUGGGGGAGGGAGGAGACGGCGACGGCGAAGCGGACGGCGAAGGCGAGGACGAUCAUUCGGAGGACAACCUUGGCAGCGUGGGGGAGGCAGGCACUCCCGAAGAUGACGAGUCUCUGAGCAGUCCCGGGGGUUUGUCUGCGUUGUCUAGUCUGGCUAGCCCGUCACUGGUGUUACCGUCGCCCUCGAGCCUGGCCAGCCCGUGUCCCUGCCCCUUGACGCCCCCGGUGCCGCCACCGCCUCUGUCCAACCAUAGCAGCCAGCCGCACAAUCAGCCGGCGCAACCGCCGCCGCCGCACCGUAACCCGGUCGGUACCAAUCCCCACGAUAUCAACAAUCCCCUUAGCGUGAACCAACUGACCGGACAGUGUAUAAAGAGUGAAGUGGUGUCGGCGCCGUCGGGCACGUCCAACCCGGCGAUCAGUGUUACGUAGCCCCGGCCGGAACCACGUGACAAGUCUGUUGCUGGCACCGUCAUUGCGUGUGUCCUCGACAACAGGGUCCGUGUACGUGUUGAACAAACGAGGUGCUGGACGAUGUGGACGAUUAUUACUGUCGCGAUCUGGGCGAGCACGAGCACGGAGAAAGCGGCGGGGUGCUGCCUCUUAUCGAGAUCACCUCUGAUGGUUUUCUUCGUUGGGAUCCUCGGCAAACAAGAAUCCAGGUUACGAAGGAUGUUGGAGGUGUUUAGAGAAGAUGCGCUUUAUACUUGGCCUGAUCGGAUAGGAGGUUGCAAGUCGAAGCGGAGGAGUGUCAGGUUGGAGCAGGAUCGUCUUCGAUGAUGGAGGAAGAAUGGUUUGAUCGGCGACAGGGAGGAAGCUGGAGCUUUUUCUGGAGAAUAGCGUCCAGCCUCGAGAUGUUCGUUCGCCCGGGGCUUCACCCAGUUCCAUGGAAACUGCGCGAUGUGAGACGUUUAUAUGUGUACCGAUGAUGGUGUGAACGAACUGACGGACAAUGCGAACAAACGAUUGAGAAUUUUGAGGAAAAUACGAUGCAGAAAUACUCAGGACCAAGUGUCUGGCUGUAGUCACCCACUCGAGAGAGAGAGAGAGAGAGAGAGAGAGAGAGAGAGAGAGAGAGAGAGAAAGAGAGAGUAAGAUUGCUAGCGUGUUUGGAAGAGUGAGAGGCAGAAUGGAUCAGAGGAUUGGUAUGUAUGAACGGGUGCGAAAGAAAAAAGGAGUGAGAUAUGCGUGAAAGGAGAAUACAGGGUGGCGAUAAAAGUGCGCGUGACACAGCUUGUAGUCCUUGUUACGUUGUGAUGCCAAUGACUGAGAGGUCAUGUUCCUGUGCCAGGUACUAUAUUCUAUAAAAUAAAUAUACCGCAGACGUAUAACUAAAGGUUAAACGAGCGAGCAAGAAAGAACGAAAGGAAAGUUUGAAGAUAUGUAUGUAUCGCGUAUGCAAGGUAGAAUGAAAGUACGACGAAAGGAUGACGAAGAAAAAUAAGAGAAGAGAACAAGAGGAAUAGAUGAUGAUGAUGAGUCAAGAGAGCGGGACAGUUUUCUCAUCAUUGAUUUUAUUCAACCUCACGGUAUCAAAAUACCUAUUCUUCUGUAUGUAAUUUGUUAUUUUUUUAAAAGUCUAUACACACACACACUGUGCGAUUGAUUAGCGUGUAAGAUCUCUUUUCUUUUCUUAUUUUUAACCGGGAAAUCGUUCAUCUUUUAAGUUCCCCCUUUUUUUCUUUUUUUUUUUUAUGUAUAAAUCUAUGAAUACUUUACUCCAUUCUUUUCCGGUCCAACCAUCCCUUUUUGUAGUUUCUUGUGGAUUGGCAGGUGGAAAAUUGAAUUCGUCUACGUAUGAUUCUCUAGUUUCCUUUUCCUCGGUCGAUCUCCAUUGCAUAAUAGUGAUAAUCUAUUAUUUAGAGAACUUUUAAAAGUCUCAGGAAUUUUAACUCAACUUGACAAUUAAACGAAGACUCUCCUUCGUGAACGAUCUGUUUCAGUUUUUGAUAAAAAUAUCAAUUUUCUACAUUUAUGUUCCUGUUAGAAUAAUAUUAAAUUCAAGGAACUAAAUUAUACGGAAAGAUAAAAGUAUAUAAAGAAAUGGAAGAUUAAGAGCGAACAAACCCGAGCACAAGCCAGCGCGUGCUUUAGAGCUGUGAAUCGACCAAGACAAUAACUAUGAGACUGUUCUGGCGUCGAACGCGUGAACCAGAGCUUCCAUUAAAACGUGUCCGAGGGUAGCCUUGUGCUCGUCUCCGUUCCUCUUUGAUCGUUCACGAUCGAGCCAGAAGGGGACAAACAUACACGCAGACGCGUUGCAUUAUUUAUCAAGCGUCGUCCUGAUCGAGCGAAGAUCGUUUCUUCGCGCGUUCGCUUCUUCCCCUGACCAAUCCGUUCCUCUUACUCUUCGCUUAUAUUCGUUUUUUCUUUUUAUUUUAUCUUUCUUUUCUUGAUUUUUGUCUUAUGAUCUUCCGCGCCAGGAGUCGCGUCGCCUCCAUAGGAAAUUAUGGAAUUAAUCAAACUUGAUUCUUCGCGACGUACUUCAUUGGAAUGAAGAAAAUUUUCUGUAAAAGGCAAAUUAUAAUUUUAUUUCUUUUUUUUUAUUUUCGUUUAUUUCUUUUCUUGUCUCCCACUUUUUAAUUUUCAAAUGGGCAGAGAUCGAAGAUCUUUCUCCGAUUUAUUCUUGCAUAGAAAAGGAAGCGUUCUAUUAAAGAAAAGUUUGUUUAGAAAUUUUCUGAAUACAUACACAAUGGAAAUUACGAAAAUUCAUCGAUGUUAUUUAAUGAUUGUGAUUAUGGUGUGAUUAUGUUUGUUCAUCCGGAUGGUUGGAACGAUGAGUUUCCGCUGUGCUUUCUUUUGUCUCAUUAUUUUAAUGACGUGUUGUUUUUAUGUGUAAUUAAGCGGCGAUGUCCAUUGUUGUUGUAUAGCGGAACGAUUAAAAAAGAAAGAAAGAUAUUUUAGCCGAUCGAGCGACCGUUUUUCUUUUUUUCAUCUUUUUUAAAUAUUUUUUCUGUAUUAUUCCUUUUUUUUCCUUUCUUUUAAUCGGGCUUUUGCGUUUCUCUUUGAAUCUUUGUUACUGUGAAAUAAUGGCGCGAACCGAUUCGUGAAUUCUGUAUACGUCUCUGCACACAUCGCGACGACAUGUUUGUAUUUCUCGUUUUAUAUCGUCAUUUUGUUUCUGUACUUUUCUGCAUUGUAAUCGAGAUUCACCGACGAUCAUCGUUAUUCGUGUGCAAGAGAAAGAGGCCGACCGUUGCACAAUGUUACGUUUGCGUUUUCAUGGGAAUUUUUUUUUUAUUUUUAUCUUUUCGAUAAAGCUGGUUGUGAUUUGGUUUUAUUUACAAUGAUCAUGAAUUAAAGAUCCCUUUUCUGUUCGUUCAUCUUUACAAUCAACAUUUUAAAUGUUAUUUUAAUUUGAACAACCUUGGUUCAGUUUCAAUAAAUUAAUCAACGAUUCUGCGAAAUUAUUAAUCUCCGGAAGCUUUUCCAAGAUAUUUCCAUUAUUUUAUUUAUCGUAUACCGUGUAGCCUGGAAAUAUCGAAUCCUCGGUGUAAUCUCUUUUAUAUUUCUUAUAAAAAGAGUUUAGAUAAAAAUGUAAGAAGAAAAUCAGAUGUGACGAAAUAAAAACGAAAAGGAUGAAACGAAGAAAUGAAGCACGCGCCGAAUAAGAGAGAAAUUGCACUCCCGGAAAACUAUCGAACAUUUGUUCCUUUUUCCCCCUUUUUUUUCUCUCGUGCGUUUUCAUUAGCGGUGCAGCUCUUAUGUACAUAAGAUAUAGAUACGUUUGUUUAAAGGUGCAUUUGUUACGUCUAAUGGGAAUGUGCAAUGGAGGACUGUAACGAUGAAGAAGAAGAAGAAAAAGAAGAAGAAGAAAAAGAAGAAGAAGAAGAAGAAGAGAAAGAAGACGAAGCAGAGAAAGAAGACGUAGACGAGGAAGAAAAAAAGAGAUGCGUCAUGUCGAAGUCUCGCGAGCGUAUGUUUUAAAAGGAAAAUAAGAAAAAGUGCGCGCGAGAGAGAGAGAAUGAAAGUGUAUGUGUGUGUACGUAUGCGCAAAACGAAAAGCGACGUUAAAAGGAACAUUUUUCCUUUCUUUCUUUACCUUCCCUCACUGUACCUCAUUUUGUUUCUUCUUUUUUUUUUAUACAUGUAUAUGUUCUUCUCUAUUUCCACGUUUUUCUUCUCGAUAAAAAUCUUGACUGAAGUGACCACAAUUAAUGCCUGUAUAGCGAGAACGUAAGAUAAAAAGCUUGUAAUACGCGUCGACCGAACAUUUAAACUUGAAACGUGCCAUAACGACAUCAUGCCAAUAUUAUAACGAUAAUACAAUACUUUUUUACGAUUUACGAUCCGUUUUCGAACCUCUAGAAGCCUCUGUCAGUCGUGUACGAAACGGUUGUUUCUGCGUUCACCACGGGUCUGCGCCUCUUGGUUCUUUUGCCGUGUUUUUACCUCGGCCACCGAUUUCUUCUCUCCCUUCAUUGCCUCGUUCCCACUCGAUCGCGAACGCCUCUGCACGCGAUCCUUACAUUCUAGCGUCACGAAUCAUGAAGGCUCUUCGAGAUCCAGCCACGAUCCUCGGCUACCGUGUUCUGUAAAUUGAUAAAUGCUGUCUAAUAAUCCUAGAGGCUGAUCCAAGGUUUUGCAUAGUUCGACGAACUAUCGUGAGAUUUUGAACGCGAAUCUCUGUUGAUGAUAUCUACCGAUUAAAUCUCUAUAUAGCUGGUUCGUGUUGAAACCGGAGAGUGAAGAUCGAUUGCCGUUUCUCAUUUUAAAUUGAAAAUUAAAAAGUAGUGAUAAAUAUAUUGCAUUUGUACAUGAAGAUACGUAAGUGAAAUAAGUUUUGGAAAAUGUAGACGUAUGAUCGCGCAAUUUCUCAUCUCACUGAAUAGUCUUCUAAUUCUCAAAUAAAUUCUCAAAUUUGAUCGCAAUAAAUGACAAAAGCUUACCGUAUUACGUACGAAUAACCAAGAUGGUGAAAAGCAUGCUUUCCUAUAAAUAUCAUAAAUUUCGAUUGCGAAGAGUUGCACUAUCUUCAAAACAUAGAGAUCUUGUAUUAAAUUUUCAGAAAUAGAGAUAUUUUGUAAUUUAUAUUCUUUGAGUACUAAGUUUCAAUAUUUCAAUCCUGUGGAAUGAAAGGAAUGAUCUUCCGAUUUUCAAUUCUGUUAAAAAAAAAAAAAGAAUUCAAUAUUUAUCUCGAACAUACUUGGAGGCUAAGAGAACAAUAGAAUCGACAGCUAGAAAACAGUUUGAAUCGCGGUUCGAGAUACGAUCGAGCGGACGAGGCUUCAAACGAACAAAUACGGGCAAGGACGACCAGCGGUUCACGGAACGAUCGCGAGAAAGAAAGAAAGAGAGAAAGCUAUCGAGCGAGCAAGAAAAGGACUACCGAUUGUACUGACAGACGUUAGCCACAAAGAAAAAGACUCGUUAAUCCGUGUGAUGUAUUAUUCCGUGUGUAUAUCGCGUGUAUGUAUGCGUGCGUGUGUGCAUGAGACGAUGACUGGUGUGUGCGAAAAACCGAGUUACGGAGGCAGAGAUCAUCCAUGAACGUGUAGACGCUCGUUUUCAACGGCAGAUAGGAAAGCAUUUAAACGCGUUUCCUCGUUCAUCGACCAGAGAAUUACACUUGUAACUGCGACACAUUGUCCAUAAUAUCGUCCUGACUACCGCGCAUUCGUUCAAAGAUUCGUUUAUUCGUUCUUUCUAUGAUGAUACCAUAAAUAAUCUAUCGAAAAAGAUGUGCCAUGAAUACAUGGUGCGCAAUUUGAGGUCAGUUUUACUCGUGGCAAACAGGCGAAUCGAUGGGAAAAACGCGUGGACAGUCAGGACGAUUAUUUUUACCGAAUCAAAACCCGCGAGUCUGUCGUUCAUUGGAAUUCUGCCCGCGAAACUCGGCGUUAAUUCACUUUGCGAGGAACGAGACGACGUCACGAGGGUCCGUCGUGGCCCCCACGAGUGGUCAGGGAUGAGGAAGCUAUUCCUCAUCGGUAACAUUUUAAGAAAAAAAGGAGGAGAUGGAGGGAACGUGUUCGUGAAACGAAAGAAUGGUAGAUAAGAGCGUCAUAAAUGUGGAAUAGCUUCCGGGAUCCGCUUGUAAACACGGCCUACAGACCACGUGAGAAACGUCAUACGAAAAGUCACUCGGGAACGCCCUAACUGCUACCGAUUAUGAAUCGUGUUUCUUCUUUUUCAUGGCGAGGAAAAGGAAGAAGGUCAGGCGCGGUUAGGCUCGUCUCGCUUCAAGGAGUGCUUGUAACAUAUUGUAAAGUAUCACCGACAGUUCUCAGCUGCGUUGUACAGUGUUUUCUAAGUAUCUAGUUUAUAUAGCGUGUAAUUGAAGAGGAUACAUUGUAUUUACACUAAAUAAGUGAUCUGUAUCAAAUUCAUUCUCGUAUAGCCUGUACUCCUACUCAUUGUAGAUGCUAAAAGUGAUUUGUGUCAUAAAGAAACCUAUAAAUAAAAUUAGCAAUUUGAGAAUGUU